GUUCGAUGUACUUCCUUUCCAGAAGACUAAACCCAACUUUAGACAGUGUCCACGUACGUCCGCCGAGAUAUUUCUUAACAUUCGUCAUCUACCUUUCCUUCUACCUUAAGAAUAUUAAAACUUAUUCCGAUCAACCAGAAGUAUUUCCAAUUUUUUUUAAAUCAUUUAUCCUUCACAAUCCUAGGGUGCAUGUGCCUUGACAUGUUGCAAGGCACAUAUCUAAAAAAAAUAUAGCCGUGUACGAACUUGAAAACAAUGUACCAUCCGAGGAAAUAGAAUCAUUAGGCCUCUACCUAAGGUAAUACUGUAUCUUACACUUUGUUUCCCUAAAUACUCGACAGCCACGUAGUCAAGGGUGAAGAGAGUUAUGAAGGUUCCGCGAUGUAGACAUGCACAUAAUCCAUCAUCUUGACCACCUUGGCAUCUAUGUGUCGUCUCCUCCCAUCAUCAUCAUCAUCAUCAUGCCAUGCCAUGCCAUCCACGCAUUCCAAAAGCCUCGACCCGAAUCAAAACUACACUACAAUAGAUGAGGAGCUCGUUUUCAUGUCGAUGACUGCACUUAAUCCCCCCGUACGGAACAUGUUGACUAAAAUGCACGGGCUUCCUUUCCCGCAAUUGCCUCCCAAAUUCUUCAAUGCGCACACCUUUCCACAUACCAAUCAAAACUACGCGCGAAAUGUCUUUAUGGUCUGAGAGUCGAAUCAGCGGAUUCGCUCCUGAUGGUGUGGACAGAGAUCACUUGGGAGAGAGCUGUGUAUUAUGGUGCAGAUGUGUACUUUCCCAUCGUUGAGGGCAUCCAUUUUUCCAGGAAAUUAAUUUGCGUUCUGAAUCUCGAAAGGCUGUAAUUUGCGGGCGACGGGUUCCUGUCGCGUCUCCGAGGGGCACUUGCUGCGGUGACGCAUUUCUGUAGCCUCGAUUCGAUUCUCUUCACUUCACUUCACUGCAAUGGACCUCACUGACUGACUAUCUGUAGACUCUGGCCCUUGUGCUGGAGGAAGCAGCAGCCUGCAAGACUUACGAGGCGCAAACGCAGAACCUGAACGACCACGUGUUGCCUCGCUCGCAGGUUCCGGAGCAGGUCCACAGGUCCACAGGUCCGUGUCCUUGUCGACCGCGCGAACUCUCCUCUUCUCUCUCCCAGCUCAGCUCAGCUGACGAGAGAUCCCGCCUCGUUGUCGCCGUGCUCCGCUGCACUCUCCCGCAGCAGACAGACUGCAGCCUUCGCUUCGUAUAGCUGGUGUCUGCAAGUGUGCCAUGGACUCAGUCGACGAGAAGUUGUCGUGUGAGAACUGCGCCUAUGCGCUCGAGCAUGCACUUGGUGCAACGAGAUCAAGGUCAGUCGCAUCUGCAGUCAGUUGCUCAACAGAGAGAAGAUCGGGAGGAGGAGGAGGGAAGCUGUAAGAAGGCGUUUUGCAGAUGGACAUGUGCGCAGAUCAUCCAUGUCACGAGUUUUGACCAUAGGAGCAAUUGGAGUCGCCACGGGGAUUGUGCUAAGGGAAGUGGAGGGGAGGGAAGGUGAGCGAGAAGAGUGCGCCAUUGGUAUGAGCUCGGUCGCCACGGAGGAGGGGAGCAAGGGGGAUGAUGAUGAGGAGAGGUCGUCCGAGGCGAAGAGACAGAUGCUGUCUGUGAACUGGAAUUUGCUGCCCGAGGACCUGCUGGCCAGAAUUCUGUCCAGAUUGCCGUUCUCGAGUCUGGUUAGGUCUCGUGGUGUGUGCAGGAAGUGGAGAGAUCUGACCCUGUCGCCCGAGUUCACCUUCUCAGGCAACUUGGCCUCCAAGUGCGUGCCCAUCUACUUCUACCAGGGCCCGCUGCAGGUCUACAAUUCGAGAACCAAUGCGUGGGAGCAGCAGAGUCUGCAGUUUCUCGAGGUCCCCUUGGCGUCGCUGGCAUUGUUGGUCUCAGCCGGAGGCUUGCUCUGUUUCAAGAACAAGGACUCUGGCGACUUCGUGGUGUGCAACCCCAUCACGAAGAAGUCGCGCGUCGUGCAGUUGCCUGCCGGCUUCGAUCAUGGCGCCAUCAAGCCUCCGCAAGCAGGCAGGGAGUGGAUUGUUCCGGCGCCUGUGAUGUUGCCUGAGGUUCGGAGUCGGGAGGAUGAGCUCGUUGCAGAGUUCUAUCGGACCUUCGGCAGGGAAGGGAUCGUGGGCCUUUUGACCGAGAAGUACGAGCGGAGCUACAAAUUGAUCGUGGCGGGUCUCAGAGAUGGCGACUCGGAGAAGCGGCCGACGCUGAUUUACGACUCGUUGACGGGCUCGUGGACCCGAGGCAGCGAGGUUCCGACAGGAGUGAGGUUCUGGGAGUCGGGCAAGCCGCUCUACUUCAAUGGAGCGCUCUACUGCUUGACCUGGAGCAAGGGCCUGGCUCCAGGGUCGUGCGCUCUGAGAAGACCUUGGAGCAUCGUGAAGUAUCACGUGAAGAAGGAUUGCUGGAGCGAGUACAAUCUCAAUAUGUGCAGCACUCUGAUCCCGCAGCUGGUGGAGCAUCGAGAGCGAGGCUAUGUGGUGCAGAAGAGGACUGUGCACUUGCAGUCGGUGAUGUUUUACGAGGAGCUGGAGAAGCCCGAGGAAACGGCGCGCCUGCUCCAUGACUGCCACGAAGCCAACGCUCCCGCCAUGGGAGACUGGUGCGUCGGACAGGGCGAUUGCUUCUACAUCGGCGGCACUGGCUUGUGGAAGCGAAAGGACACGGGGUUCUCUGUUUUGGCUGUCGACCUGACCACCGGGCUAUGGACCCGACUGCCCACUCUCUUCGACUGUACCAAGCCUGGGCCGAGUCUCACGUGGCUGCGCACUCUCGAGGCCUCCAUGACCGCCGCAGUGUAACCCAAGGUUCAUUACAUUCAUCUCUCCGUCUGCACUGCCAGUCUCCAGUCAAGAUCAAAGACAGAGGGAUCCGGGGAUGAUAGUUGUGAACCACAGCUUCGUGUACACAUUGCAAUUACGCUUCUCAGCAGACAACGACUACGAGAACAAAAUGAUGUUGUGCUCGCACAGAAGCGGACAGAAGCUUUCUAGUAGAAGUGAGGUUUACUCUUGGAGUGCAUACUGGAAGAUUUGCUUCGAAGGUAUGCGACUUUUGAUCUCGUCCUUCAUGUGGCUCUCCGUCGGGGUUCUCCAGCUUGUUGGAUUGAUGGGCGAUUCACUUGAAUGGGUUUGCCCUGACUCGACUGGCUUGCAACUAUUAGGGGAAAAUAGGAGCAGAUUUGUGAACAGAAGGUGUCUGUACUGACUGACUGACCGACCUGCCAAGACCUUACUCCCAUUAUGACUUUGUCUCAGCAUGCUCCUUCUUACUCGAGCUUUUUAACGAAGUCUUGUAGUCUUGGGUGCACCUGUUUCCCCAGCGAAGAAGUCGAAGUCUGUCUUGGGUACAGGAUGGAUUGGACGUGUCCCAGUAGAGAAAUCAGCCGAGCGAAUGCACCACGACCUUUCUAUUCUAGCAGUCCCCUAGCUGACGAGCUGUAUCUUGGUUGAGGAACUACUGGUGCUAGCCAGAGUUGAUAUGUAGCCGAUCAAUCUUUCAGGCCUUUGAAUUCUGUGCCGGUCUGCCCUCUGGCGAGAGAGUGUAGCAUUUUGUAAAUAUGUCAAUAAAUUGAGUUUCACGUUCGUUUUUCUCUGCUUCAUGCGCGUUCAGCGCGUCCCUUUGUAUCGAGAGCUUGCCUGUGGACUGCCUGAAUGAAAUCUUUGUGCCUGACAUCGUCUUUUAUUUUUCCCGACGAUAGCACGCAACGCAUCACGUUUGGCCGCCGGGAGUUGGUAUGAAACCGUCAGGUAAUGACUGGCCGACGAGUGAGUGCCCUCCGAAGCCUCGAGAUUGAGAGGGAGUCUUUCUGGGUGCCGAUUGUACCCGUG